GCUAAUAUUUAAAGCUCUAUGUCUAAAGCCAUGAAGGCUAAACGGAAGAUCCCCGCGCUGUUCUCUGUUUCUCAGUCUGAGCCUCUAUGUUCUGUGGUGAGCAUCACAAGUUAAACCAAGGGAGCGCACCACGCAAGCGCGUAAAGAGAUUGGACACCUGAUUUUGUGGGGUGUCUUUAGAGCGCUAUUCCUAUUUUUUUUAAGUCAAACAAUCCGUGUUUUUCCCCAGGCCCUCGCUGUGCUGCGGUGGGGGGUAGAUACACCGUGGAUUAUAAUAACCAACAUGGACAAAUGAAGGAAAGAGGACAGAUCACUGCGUUGACUUUUGAAGCAACGCUCAGAGUCUUGACGCUAGCGUCUAUUUUACAGUGAGCGCCUUUUUUCCCCCUCUCUCCUCUUUGAUUCCCACUCGCUGCUCAACAUUAGAAAAGUCAAAAUAUCUGUCUGGAUAAGCAGCACAGAGCAGGGUGUUGUCAGAGAGGGAUGAGAGGAGGAGGGGGCAGUAUGAGGUGUGCUUUUUUUGGAAAAGCCGGAGAAAGACGGACACCGAGAAGGUGUUCUGAUGUGCGAAAGCCUGCGACGCACUGCCCUCCUGAGAAAUAAUUGUGAUCAGGGAAGAAAUGGCCUAGUUAAAACAUCAUCGACACACCGGCAGAGGAUAGAAACAGAAGAAUCGUGUUCCGAUGGACGGGCCAUCACCACCGCCAUCAUCAUAAUUCCAGUGCUUGCAUCGAGUCUUUUUUAGGUGUAAUUGGCUUCCUGACUGCAGCUCUGGACCCAUCAGGAGUUCCAAAGAGGAAGGCGGAGGAGACCACAGAGUCUACCUGAGAAUGAUACCUGUCCCCGCGCCUCACCAUGUCACCCUAGGAAAACCGUUGACCUGUCCCCUUCCACAUAUCCUAUUUUUGCCUUUAUUUCCCAUCACCCACUGAUUUUGUGAUCCCUUUCUACACCCAACUUAACUCCUAUUGAUAUGACUAAAAGAGCCUUUAUUUUGGACAUGUUGUUUUUUCCUCUCAAUGCUGCCAGCCACCAAGGCUAUGGUGGGAAGCGUCACUUUAGUUCUCAGCGGGUCGCCAAUCACUGCCUGCUGUGGCUCUUGGGACUGGUGCUUCACCUCACCCUUUCCUCAUGUCAACGGGUUGACCUGAAAUACCCCAUAGUGUCCACAGGCUAUGGAAAGAUCCGUGGUAUCAGGAAGGAGCUCAACAAUGAGAUAUUGGGCCCUGUGGAACAGUUCUUAGGUGUGCCAUACGCCACCGCACCCGUCGGUGAGCGCCGCUUUCAGCCUCCUGAAGCUCCAGGCUCAUGGCAAGAGAUUCGCAAUGCCACCCAAUUUGCACCAGUCUGUCCCCAGAAUGUCCACGGGGUUUUACCUGAGAUCAUGCUACCAGUGUGGUUCACAGACAACCUGGAUGCUGCAGCGACCUACGUUCAGAACCAGAGUGAGGAUUGCCUUUACCUCAACAUCUAUGUACCCACUGAAGAUGGUCCGCUCACUAAAAAACAAGACGAGUCUACGAUGAACAGACCAAGGGAUGAAGAUAUUCGGGAUCGUCGUAAGAAGCCUGUGAUGCUCUUCAUCCACGGAGGCUCCUACAUGGAGGGCUCAGGGAACUUGUUUGAUGGCAGCGUCCUGGCUGCCUACGGAAAUGUCAUCGUGGUCACCAUGAACUAUCGGCUGGGCGUGCUCGGGUUUCUGAGCACAGGGGACCAGUCUGCUAAGGGGAACUAUGGCUUGUUGGACCAGAUCCAGGCCCUGCGCUGGCUCAAUGAAAACAUUGGCCACUUCGGAGGGGACCCAGAGAGAAUCACCAUCUUUGGCUCGGGAGCCGGGGCCGCCUGUGUGAACCUCCUCAUCCUCUCCCACCACUCCGAAGGCCUGUUCCAGAGGGCCAUCGCUCAGAGUGGCUCGGCCAUCUCCAGCUGGGCGGUCAACUACCGACCCAUGAUGUACACCAAGAUCCUGGCCAAGAAGGUGGGCUGCACCCUGGGGGACAUGGCUGAGCUGGUGGACUGCCUUAGGAAGAAGAGUUUCCGGGAGCUGGUGGACCAAGACAUCCAGCCGGCCCGCUACCACAUCGCCUUCGGACCCGUGGUGGACGGGGACGUGGUGCCCGAUGACCCUGAGAUCCUCAUGCAGCAGGGCGAGUUCCUUAAUUACGACAUAUUGCUGGGUGUCAACCAAGGAGAGGGACUGAAAUUCGUGGACGACAGUGAAGGAGAAGACGGAAUAUCAUCAGCUACGUUUGACUACACCAUCUCCAACUUUGUGGACAAUCUGUAUGGAUUCCCUGACGGUAAAGACAUCCUCAGGGAAACCAUAAAGUUCAUGUACACAGACUGGGCUGACCGGGACAACACUGACAUGCGCAGGAAGACCCUCCUGGCUCUGUUCACAGACCACCAGUGGGUGGCCCCGGCCGUCGCCACUGCCAAGCUGCACGCCGAGUUCCAGUCGCCCGUCUAUUUCUACACCUUCCACCACCACUGUCAGACGGAGGCCCGGCCGGAGUGGGCCGACGCUGCUCACGGAGAUGAGAUCCCCUAUGUGUUUGGGAUCCCCAUGGUGGGAGCCACUGACCUGUUCCCCUGCAACUUCUCCAAGAACGAUGUCAUGCUCAGUGCUGUAGUCAUGACCUACUGGACCAACUUCGCCAAGACAGGGGAUCCCAACCUACCAGUUCCUCAGGACACCACGUUCAUCCACACCAAGCCCAACCGCUUCGAAGAAGUCAUCUGGACCAAGUUCAGCUCCAAAGACAAGCAGUACUUACAUAUCGGACUGAAGCCUCGCGUCAGAGACAACUACCGGGCCAACAAGGUGGCCUUCUGGCUGGAGCUGGUGCCCCAUCUGCACAGCCUCCACAAGGAGGUCAUCGGCCCCAUCACAACCCGCCUGCCGCCCGGAGGCAACAAAGGCUGGAAGGGCCCCAAAAGCCCCGGUACCGGCACCAAGCACCCCUCAACCGGCAUCUCCACCUACCCGCCCGACCCUGAGCCCGACGGCUCGGAGAGACCCCGCUUCUCCCCCUUCCCUGACGAGACGAGGGACUACUCCACGGAGCUGAGCGUGACGGUGGCUGUGGGCGCCUCGCUCCUCUUCCUCAACGUGCUGGCCUUCGCCGCGCUCUACUACAAACGGGAUAAGCGCCACGAACUCAUGCAGAGACGCCACCGCCGACUGUCCCCGCAGCGCGUCACCACCAUGGGCAUGGGCAUGGGCGUCGGCAUGGGAGUGGUCGGGGCCCCACCGCACAACGACCUGGCGCUGAGUCAGGAGGAGGAGCUGAUGUCGCUGCAGAUGAAGCAGCAGAGGGUGGAGCUGGAGCACGGCACGCCCCUCCCGUCCCGCGGCAUCCACGGCGACCUGGAACCCCUGCGGCCCCCCGUGUGCCCCCCCGACUACACGCUGGCCCUGCGGCGGGCCCCGGAGGACGUGCCACUGAUGACAGCCAACACCCUCACCAUGAUCCCCAGCACCAUCAGCAGCAUGCAGCCCCUCCACCCCUUCAACACUUACCCCCCUGUGCCGGCCCCCUCCACCACACCCGUCCCCAGCCACAGCAACAAUGCCCUGCCACACCAACACUCCACCACCCGUGUAUAGGACCAGGCACAACCUCUGCUACCCCACUCUGGGCGUACAGAGAAACACCACACAAACUGCUCCAUACAAUCUCCACCCUCACCAUUCUCCUUGUCUUUGUCUUUUCUCAUUAAGCCCUCAAAUAAAGCUGCAGUUUGUAAGAUUUUAGGCAGCGAAAUACCUCUAAAAUGUUAUCAUAAAUCAAAGGUGGGGGGUUGAUGAAACACACUCCUCUGCCAGACGCCUGUCAUCGUAGGUACACACUGCUUCCUCGUGUUGAAGCUCCUUCAGUAUCUCGUGCUUAGGUGAGCCACAGCUUUAAGCUCUCCUUCUCUCUAAGAGGUAUUGAGCUCGUGAAUCAGACAUCUUACGUGUAGCUCUGUUGUUUUUUGCGCAUGUGUUGUUGUGUCAGUGCAAAACUAUGUUUGACAUAGAACGCUCACUUCCGUUCAUUUAGCGAAAAGAUAAUACAGUAGCAUGCAGCAGCGAGCGAGGCAGCAUAUGCCCAACAAGCUGUCUGUCAUAAAGCGGUGAUUUCUUGAAACUUACAAAUUGCAGCUUUAAAGGCCCAAUCUGGAAGUGGAAUUUGGCACCCUGUGUUGAGCACUAUGUCCCAACAGCUGUCUCUUUGUUCUGAUUUUGGAGACUUUUGUUAAAAUUGUAUUUGCCGCGCUGGGAGUAAAAGGAUGAACUCUUUGACAUUUUAAGCAUGAGUUUUCCCUUGAUUUCUAAACUUCUGUUAUCAAAUGUAUCUACCUGUUUUCAGUUAGAAUGCGGCCGUAUUGCCGUCAGAAAUAUUGUUUUAUUUUGAUAAUCUGUAUACUCUCAAAUGCUGCUUUCAGAACAUUUCCAGAUUGGGGCUUCAACUGUUGGGCGGUACAGGAAAUAACUGAAUCACACUCAGUCUGUGGGACGCAACCUGGAAUCCAGGCUGCCCAUUAGAACUCGCUGCAUCUCCGCCACACAGGCUCUAAUCAUGUCCAUUACUUUAUUUGUUUCUCUCUCAUUAUCUCUCUGUCUGUAUCUCCAUCUCAGCCCAUUAAACCACUUCUCUGUUUUCCGCUGGCUCAAACUCUUCCUCUCUCUGCAUCUGCCCUCGUAGCUCUUUUUAUUAAUCCAUCCACAUAAUCCAUUUCCACGUCCACUUCUCUCCUCGUUCCUCGCAAUCACUUCUAGACUCUGUUUUCCUUUUGGAGUCUUUUAUACAAAAACACAAAUGUAAAUGAUGUAUUAUUAAUAAAUUGUAAGGAUAUGAAUGAAAAAAAAAGAUAUUCUGAUAUCUCGUUUUUACCAGCAUUCUUGGUGCCAAGUACUGUGAUAAAGUUCCUCUUUCACUGGCGUCCAGUGGAGCGCCUGGAGAGGUCCAUCCUGACUGUAUCUUACAAAAGGAAUUACCAUCAUAAAAAGUGCCAACCCCUUCAUGUUUCUGUUUGAUCCACACACUUUUUUUAUUAUUAUUAUUAUUACACUCAAUGUUGCACUGUGGCUGGUCCCUUCUUCUUUAAAGGGAAAUCAGAUUCAAUAUAUCCUUGUUUGAAAAAAAAAAGUAUAUAAAGUUUUAUUAGCUACUUUGCUGUCUGGGAUAUUUGCAUGAUGUUUUUUCUUUUCUAAGGAGUGUGGACAGAGAUAUUUGUUUUCCAUUUGAAUGAUUUGCCUUGUUUUUCAUUGAGUUUUUUAUUUUCUUUUAAUCAUUUACAUUUUCUAUUUUAAUAUCAGCUGCACUUUGUGGUACUUCUAAAGGGUAUUAAAGUAUUAAGAGAUGAAUAUUGUGUAAAACUAUGAUUAUAUGAUAUGAUUAUAACAGAUAGUAAAUAUGUCCUCUUUAUUUUGUUCAUGUCCUGACACUGAGACUGUGCUGCAAAACUACCAGAAAGACUCUUCUCCCUCUCUUGCUCUGUUUCUCUGUAUCUUUUGCAACUGUCAACUUCGCAGUCACUGUCUCUCAAUCUCACCUGAAGAUAGCACUUUUUAAGUUACAAAAGAAAAAAAAACUCCGUUACAUGAAUAGUCUAAAUAAGGUUUUUGUCUAUGACUGACAUUAACCGAAUUCUUCAAAGACUGCCUGACAGUUAUCUUUUCGUCUUUUGUUGUUUCAUGAUUCUCCCUUCUGUGGGGUGGGAGAUAUAUUUAUGACGGUCCAAAGGUGAGAAAGCCUUGUACGCGCGUUUCACAUAUUUUCGCACAACGAGAGACAGGUCGCACUCUGGACAAUUCUGAGGGGAAAAAAUCCCAGUGACAUUAGGACAACACUGGACAAAUGCCGGCAGUGAUCAAUGAUAUCAUCUGUCGAUGCACUGAGGAUGUGUUCUAAAAAAACCUGAUUUAAAUCUUUAUUGACAGACAUUACUCAUACACCAUAUAUCACGAAAGCAAGGCGAGCGGGAUGAAUUCCCGCCCGCUCCUUGUUCUGUAUCCGGUCUGCUCAGGUCAACAACACUCUGGAGCCAGACUGCCAUCCCUCACACUGGACUGGAGCGAGCUGCGAGGACAAAAAGAACAAAAACCAACACAUGAAACAAAACUGUACAUUUUUUAAGUGUAAGAGAACAAACUGGAAUUUGUAAAUAUUAUGUUUGUCGUUUGGUUUGAGUGAUUGGCCGGAUCUUUUCUUUGUGACAACAGGUGCAAGUUUAGGUGACAUGAUUUUAGCACUCAUGCGUAUGUUUGAUUCUCCUUUCUUUCCUAGAUCUCAAUGGCAAAUUCCAAUAGUUUGUGGGCACAGGAAUCUGUUAACAUAUGUUAAUAAUGAAAAAAAUAAAUCACAGCAUGGUUGAGGACAACAAAUACUCAAAAAAAGGAAUGCUUACAGCUCAGGUUAGCCUAGAUUUUGUGGUGAUACAAAUGCUCUUACUGGAUAAUAUGCCUGUCUAAAGCAUAUCACACACAUGGCACUAUCCCAUCAAUCAUUGAGGCAGCGUUUGAGUCCUUUCAUUGGUUGAAAAGCCAAAGAACAGCUGCAGGGAAUCGACACAAGACGGAGACAUUGGGAUGUUUUGAGGAAUGAAACAUGAAAAUGGGCGCACGUUUUCAUGUGUGCUCAAAACAAACUACACAUCGAGAAUUUUACUUGUGAUGCUGUUGGAUUUAAUUGUUAAUGUCUCACAUUGUCUUGAGCAUUGUCAUAAUUGGGAGGUUUUGGAAUCCUUUGUACUCUUUUGGUCUUAUUUCUGACUCUAAUCAUGGUGGUUGUUUUUGCUACCUUUUGCAAGUUUCUCUGCACAUUCUGUUUAUGGGAUUAUUGAACCUUUUUGAUGUUAGUCCAAAAGCAGCGUUAUAAAAACAACAUUUCCUUUUCUAAACAAGCGUUUGGACAGCCAACAGAUGACGGAAGCACACUCAUCAAGUUUACAUGUUUACACUACAGUUUUGAUGUUGGCUUAAGGUAAGGAAAAAAUAUAUAUAUAUUUAAAAAAAAACAUUUCAAGGAUCCAAAUAUCUUCUUAUUACAUUUAUUGCUGAAAUGGUAAAGUGAAGGCUUGCACCUGUUUGUCUGUUUCAUUUAGUCCAAUUCAGUAAACUGCUUGAGCUCAAGAUACUGUGAGAGAGCAUAAUGACCAGAAGGAGUUGAAAGAAUUAAAGUUAAUAUUUCUAUUUCAAAUAGAGGCUAUUACACACUGUAUGUUGUGUAUCUGAACUGGAAAACAUUAAAAGACAUUCUUAAACAAA